CCUCCCUCCAGGCUCUACAAGCUCCAUGACAAGAAGUGUGAGCCCAUCACCAUGACGGUGCCCAGGAAGUCGGACCUAUUCCAGGACGACCUGUACCCGGACACGGCGGGGCCCGAGCCGGCCCUGGAGCCUGAGGAGUGGAUGGAGGGCCGGGACGAGGAGCCCACGCUGGUCUCCAUGAGGAUGGGCUACGUGCCCCCAAAGAGCCGCGAGCUCAAAGUGGCCCGCAAGAACGUUCUGGACUCCAGACCCAGCACCCGGCGCAGCGUGUCCGCCUGCGACGCCAACAGCCUGCCGCCCCAGGUUCUAGAGCGGCUGCUGGAGGAGCUCCAGAACCUCAAGUCCACCGUGCUGUCUCAGGAGAAGAGGAUAUGUGACCUGGAGAACAAGCUCUCCCAGUACACCAACGGAACAGCCUGACCCCAAACACACACACAUUAGUCUGAGUUACUCAUUUUUAUUAAUACCAAUGGCUCUGCAUCGCCCCUCCCCGCCCUACCAAGGGAUCCAUAUUCACAUUGUUUGAGUGGCAGGCGGACUGGGAGGAGUAUAUUGAGGACAUGUUUAGGAUUAGUUAAACAACAGUUGGAUAAUGACACACACACACACACACACACACACACACACACACACACACACACACACACACACACACACACACACACACACACACACACACACACACACACACACACACACACCCCAUAAUUUAACCACUGAAUAACACAACGUUUUCAAACCUCAGAUAAUAUGUAAAUAGUGAUAAAGCAAAAGGAGAAUCAAAAAAGUAGAAUCAAAAUUUGAAAACAUAAAUGAUUUUUGUGUGAUCCGUAAACAAAUGUACAUGAGACAAGUUGUAACAUCAAUAAAAACAAUCAUUUUUUUCUAAAGAGA